AUGAGUGAACUUCAUCAAGUUAAUAAGUAUCCCUCCGAGUCCCGGACUCGACUUGUUGGUGUACUUCCUCACCGAUCUCCGAAUAAGAGUUUGUCAGCACCGGUGGGAGAUUCCCACCAAUGUUGGGUGAGGAUAUUUGUACCUGCUUGUCGGGUGACGGCUUGGAACGCGCCGAGAAGAAUGGAAACAACAGUCGUGGCUGUUGUGGCUUUACCUACCCAAUCGUCUGGUCUUGAUACUUCCGAUAUUUUGAGUCGUCGAGCAGGGACUGAGGAGGUCGUUGCGGGUGGAAACGUCAAGGAGAAAUCUAUUGAACAAAAGUGUUUCGGCAACAUCAACAAUAUUUGGGGAGGCGGUCUACCAUUCACUUACAAUUACUAUAACAGCCUUAUGUAUCAAAAUGGGUUUUCCGGUCUUUGUAACUCUUACUUCGGGGGUGGUUACCAAUGGGGUACCUGCGGUUCGUACUUGGGAUGCCCAGGUGCCGUCAACACAUUUUACAACUCCUACCUGGGUGGAUUCAAUGGUCUUCAGGGCUCUUCCUUAUAUACCUUGAAUGACAAAGACUUGAAAUCAGACAAGAAUGCUGCUUGA